AUGUCAAAAUCUAAAGGACUAACUGAAAAAGAAAUGAUUGAUGCAAUAUUCGAAAUAUCAGAAGGUUCUUCUAUCAGAAGGAUUUAGCUGUUUCCUUAUGUCAAGUAGGUAAAUUAGUAUCUACUAAAAGAGGAAGACCAAAUAAAGAAAAUAAACAAAGUAAUAUAACUCACAGAAAAAGGCUGAGGUGUACACAAAUGACACUUCUAAAUGUUAGAUAUGAUAGUAUUCAACAUAUUUCUAAUUGCUUUGAGACUAGCCAGAAGUGUAAAUACUUAAACUUCAAAGGUAUAACAUAUACCAUUUGUAAUAAAUGUAACAAAUUAUUAUGCUUUACUGAAAAUGUUAACUGUUUUAAAAAGUACAAUACUAAACUAUAAUAAUAUAAUAUAUUUUUAUGUUUAGAAUACUCUAGAACUAUUGAAAAAAAUUAUGGUACCACUACCGAUGACACAAAUAAUAUUAAAAACCCCAUUGAGGAUUAUCAAAAUCUAAGCAAUCUCCAUCAACAAUUGGAGCAUGAAUUAUAACAGCAGAAAAAGAACAAUUUGAUGAUAGUCCAAUUCAAAGAGAAAAACUAAUUAUAUUUCAAUGUUUAAAUGAAAAAGAGGAAGCUAAAAAAGAAUAUAUAAAAUAUUAUAAAUAGUGAUCAGCUUACACAUUUCUAUCUAGAUGAUUAAAUUGACCCAAGGGAUGAAGAGGUUAAAGAAAACAAUGAAGACCACUGCUACCUGGACCAAUCCCCAUUUCUUGAAAAGCUUCAAAAGAGAUUUACUUUUUUUAAAUACGAGGUUUUCAUCAUUAAAUUGAAUAUUAAUGAGAAUUUAAAAAAAUGUUCCAAAAUACUCUCGUAAGUACCACCCAGAGAACAUUUCAUUUCAGAAAGUGUGCUUUACUUGAUAAUCGGAAUAUGCUUUCUGAUAAAAAAAGGGUUCACAUAAAAAAAAUUAAAAAAAUUAAUUCAUAGUGUAAUUUUAUGCUCACAUAAUAUAAUAUUAUAAUUGUAUAAUUAUUUUUUAUUUAUAUCAUUACAAAAAUGUAACUAAAAGUUUCAAAUAUAGCCGAGUACUUGGUACAAAUAUAUUUGUCUUCUAUUACUAUACAUAGUGUCCUAAGUCUAUUACUAUCCCCCUAAAUACUCCUCUUUUUAUAUUUCCCCCCGCCAAAGCUUCUUUCCCUCCCCUUAUUUCUCCCUUUUUAUUUUUGCUAUUUUUUUUAUUACUACAAAGUGGCGCCCAACUUUCAAGGUCAGUUUACUUGCUGAGAAUUGUGACGAAUUAUUGAAUAUAACAAUUAAGAUACUUUAUUAUUUAUGUAAGCAUCUAUAAUUUAUUAUAAUACCUAUACAAUAAGAAUUAUACAAAUUAAAAACAAAAUAAAUAAAUAAUAAUAACUAAACAGAUUAAAACAGUUAGUUGAAUAAAUCGAACUUUUCUUAUAUAAAUUUUCAUACUCAUUAAUUUAAAAAAAUAAAUUAAAUAAAAAAUAGAACACAGAUUAAGUAGAAAAUCGAAAGAGUGAAUAUUAGUAUACGUCAUACAUUUUUAGAAAAAUAAAUUUCUAUUUAUCUUUUAAUUUAGAUGAUAAUUGUAGAAUAUUGAAAAUUUAUUACUAUUUAAAAAAAUAAAAUAAAGAAAUAUUAAUUAAAUAUGAUCCUAAGUUCUAAAUUAAUAAAAUCAUAAUUAGACUAAAGAGGCAGGAAAUAUAAAAAAAAUAAAAUAUAUUGAUAAAUAUUCGACACACUAUUCGAAUCAAUUGCCAAAGCCAACCGAAGAUUAUCCUUGGAGAUUUCAACGCUAAAAUAGGGAAAGAAGAAAUGACCAACAAUAGGAAAAGAAAGCCUCCAUACUCAUUCUAAUGAAAAUUGAAACCGACUAAUUAACUUUCCAAUCUCUAAAGGACUAAGAAUAAGUAUCACGUGUUUCCCACACAAAAUGUAGAUAAAGAUAACAUAAAAAACUCUGAAAUGUUAAAAGAAUACAAAAAUGAACUAAAAAAACAAAUUAAAGGACGCAAUAGUGGCAGAAAACAUUGAAACCCGUUAGAAAAAAUUAGAGGGAAUAAUAAAAAUAACUGCUUUGGAACACCUAGGAAAAAAGAAAAAAGUACAAAAGCAUAAAUGGUUUAACGAUAAAUGUCAAAGUGCAAUUGAAGAAAGGGAUAAAGCGAAAUAUUUGAUGCUUUUAAACCCAAACACAGAAAACAAUAAAAAUUUUACCCAGAAUCUUAGAGAAACUAAACGUAUAAUUAGAAGGGAAAAACGAUUAUGGGAAAAGGAAAGAAUAAAACAGAUUAAAGACAACAGGACGAACCCGAAACUCUUCUUCAAACAAACAAAAGAAUUAAAAACGGGGUAUAACCCCAAAACAGAGGUAAUGAAAGAAGAAAACGGAGAACUUGUAAUAGAAGGAGAAGAAAUUGCAAAACAAUUUGGGAAAGUGUUCGAGGAACUACUCAACCCACAAUCGCAUUAAGACCAUACGCAAAUUGUGUACAAUACAGCAGAACCUGAAGACGUAGAACCAACGGACGACGAAGUUAGAAUAACCAUAAACACACUUAAAAACAAUAAAUCGCCAGGUGAAGAUGGCUUAGCUGCAGAACUCUUAAAGUAUGGUGGUGAAGAAUUAAUAUGUGAAGUAGGGAAAUUAAUCAGAGAUGUAUGGCAUAAAGAAGAAAUACCAAAAGAAUGGCAACUAGCAAUAAUCUGUCCAAUUUUUUUAAAAAGGGAGACAGGUCAAGCUACCAAAAUUACCGAGGAAUAUCGUUGCUAAAUACAAUGUACACAGUAUUGUCAGGUCUCAUACUAAACAGAAUAAAACCUUACAUAAAAGAUAUCAUUGGAAACUACCAAUGUGGUUUUAUGAAUGGUAAAUCCACCAUAGAUCACAUUUUCACUGUUAAACAACUAGUUGAGAAACAUUACGAAUUCGACAAUGAUCUACAUCUACUAUUUAUUGACUAUAAACAGGCUUAUGAUUCAAUUAAUAGAAAAGUACUAUGGGUCACACUUAUAACCUUUGGGAUACCAGAUAAGAUAGUGAAAAUGAUCAAAUUAUGUAGGAAUAAAACCAGAUGUAAAGUUAGAUUCAAUCAACAUAUAUCAGAUGAAUUUGAAGUUAAGACUGGACUUCGACAGGGAGAUGCCCUAUCCCCAAUACUCUUUAANGUCAAAGCAGGAACCAAAGAACUAAUAAUAAACAGCAAAGACAUUGGAUUACAAAUAAACGAAGGAAAAACCAAAUAUAUGGUAAUAUCUAGGCGAGAAAAUCACGAGGAAAAUUUAGAAGUUGAGAACUAUAAAUUUGAAAGAGUGCAAAAUUUUAAAUACCUGGGUGUUACAAUAAAUAGCAAAAAUAAUAAUCACGAUGAAAUUAAAAUAAGACUAACUGCAGAAAAUAAAUGCUAUCACGUGUAUCACUCAAAUCAAAAAUUAUAAUAUACAAGUUAAUUAUCAGACCAGUCCUUUUAUAUGCGUGUGAAACAUGGCCAACGACUAAAGGAGACGAAGACAAAUUAGCAAUACUCGAAAGAAGAAUAUUAAGAAGAAUAUUUGGGCCAAAAAUAAAUAACAUGACACGACAAUAUGAGAAAAGAAAUAAUAUAGAAAUACAACAAUUAUAUAAAGAGCCAGACAUAGUAGCAGUAUUAAAAAAUAGGAGAAUGGCAUGGGCCGGUCAUGUAUGGAGGUCAAAUGGUCUUAUGAAAGAGGUUUUAAAAUGGAAACCCAAGGGAAAAAGACCACUUGGCAGGCCGAAACAAAGGUGGAUUGACAAGGCGGAGAAGAAUUUA